UUAACUUUCUUCAGCAGUCUGAAAAAAAUGAGAAUAAUAAACGAGAAGCUGAUGAAUGAAAUAUCAAGACAUCCAAAUGAUACUGAUAUGGUGGUGAACAAUGAUGCAGAGAUAAUUGCACUGGAGUUUGGAGAAAUUUUUAAAACUCUGGAAAUGAAGAAACGACAAUUGCUAGAAGAUGUUGAAAAUCAAAGAAGCAAGAAAGAGAAAGAAUUUCAGAUUUGGAAGAAAAUGAAAGAAAGUCACAAAAAGACCAUUGAGAAUUUUUUGAAGGAUUGUGAAAAGCUUGUCCAUGAGUGUGAUCCUCAGCGCUUCCUGGAGGUGGCCUGUGGCUUGAAUACAAGAAUGAAAACUCAUCUUGACCUUAUGAAUAUAGCAUCCAGCUAUGAAAAACCACAGGAGUAUACUCAAAAGAAGAUGGAUAUUAAACCUGUGGUUAAUGAAAUCUUGGCAUUAAAGUUAACGCCCGUUAACGUAGGCAUUGUUAAAGAUCUGCACUCUGGAGGAAGUGAGAACUCAAAAAAUACUCCAUUUAAAAAUAACAUAAAGCAAUGGCAGGAACAGAAGAAUAUACCUAACGCAUUUCUUCCUGUAGCAGGACAGGAGGAAGCACUCCCAGAUGGCAGCAGGAUCUCGACUCGCUUGAUGUCGAUAUCGGAAAUGUCAGCCUUUCAAAACAUGAGCCAUGAGGAAUUACGUUACAAAUACUAUAUGGAACGUCAGAAGCUCACUGAGGAGUUCAAGACACAGACUUUACCGGCAAAUAGAAAGUAUAAAUUUGUAACUGCUGAGGCUUUGAAGGGUAGGUUCUCAGUAACUACUUUUGUCUCUUCACCUACCAAAGCAAGUAACACAGAUAAAGCAAAAACGGGAGCCCUGCAAAGAGGAGAUGGCUUUGAGGGAAGCUUUUCUGGAGCAAGUAAUCACAGUAUCGCAUCCACAAAUGCAAAUUAUUCUGAAACAAAUGGUGACUUAAAAUUAUUUCAUGAGAGAAGUUCCCAGGGGGUAACCACUCCAGCCUUAUUAGAAAACUCUAAAAACUUAGUAAUUAAGGAAAUACUGCCAGUACAGUCAUCAGCAGCUGUUUCCAAUCAAAUGGACACAAAUUCUAGUACUUCAUCCAGCUUAAAACCAGCAGCAUCCGUAGCCGUUACUGUUUCAAAUUCAGAAUUUCUAGAUUCUUCUGGAGAGGAGCUUUCUGCUUCACCUUUUGCUUUCGGUGCAUGUAGCAGCUCACUGCCUAGGCUGACUAAAGAUGCAGGUACAUUUUCCUUGGAAAAGAAAGACAGGCAAUACGGUUUCCCUCAGUUUUAUCUAGGAAUAUGUGAUCAUGUGGAUAAAACCGAUAACCAGGAGCAAAACAAAUUUAGAAACCAUUUAUAUGGUCCAUUAACUAAAACUGCAGUUCCUGAUGCUUCAACCAGUUCUAAUUUAGACUCAGCAGAAAAUGAGAAGCCAGAUUCUUCAUUUCCCUUUCGCAAUUCAGACAGAGAUUGUAUUGCAGGAUUGGGCGUCAGUGAUUCAUUUAUUUUACCAUUGUCCUCAUUUUUUUGCCAAUCUGAGAAGUCACCUGACAAAAAUGCAUCAUCUCACAUGAAAGGAAAAACACUUUCUGCCCAGGAAACUGCAGAAUAUGGUGCCCAGAAACCAUCUGUCUUGUGGGAGCAAGAAUGUAAUGCCUCAGAAUCCGUCACAACUGCAGCUUGCAGCACUUCAGAAACCAACACUGCAGCAGGGGUGAAUGAUGUCUCUGAGUUCUCCCUUCACCCCAGUAAUAGUGUAUUUUCAUUCAAAAAUAACCCUCUUCUGUUCCCUUCACCAGUAUUUUCACUGGGAAGUAUUGCCAGGAAUAGCUCUGAUUCACUGACUUCCUCUGUGUUUUUGUCUGGAAAUGGUACUGAAAAGACAGGGAAAGAGAAGAUGAAAUCUCCUGACAAAACACCUCAAAAUCUAGGGAAGCUUUUAUCCUGUGCAGAGUCUCCUUCUAGACAUGGUCAUCCAAAACAUGAAGUUCCAUUCUUCCCUGUGAGUUCAUCCAAGAAAACUGAAAGUGCAGAAAUGCUUGCUGAUAGUAAUUCUUGUAGUCAGCCUUUAUGUUCAGUUGUCCCUCCUGUUAAAUAUGAGAAUGCAUCUUCUACUCAACUUCCUAUUACAGCAACAAAACAAGAAACAACAGUAAAAGAUGAAGAAAGUGAAACUGUUCCUGAGGACAACUCUUCCUGUCCUAGGAGGGAGGUUAAACCUGAGUCUGCAGCAUCUCAGAAUGCAGCUUGUUCUGCUCCUGGCACGUGCAGUGAUCCAUCUUCAGGAGGUUCUGUGCUGACACUGUGGGAGGCAGGAGGGGCACCGAAAGACAGUGAUUCUGACAGUGAAGAGCUAAGUCAGCUCUACUGUCUCUACUGA